AUGGCGUACAACAGACCCUACAAUCCCGACGAACUCCCCAGAUUCGCGGAGCCUGAACAGGUACAUAGACUGACUCUUCCAUCGCAGAAGGGCGGCGCUGCCCCGGCACCCAGGCCUCCGGCUCAGCCGCGUUACGAGAGCAAGCCGCCUCCGCCCGUCCCCCGUGACGACUAUCGCCGUCCUGACCCUCGCGAUGACCGCCGGCCGAGUCCCAACGCCAUCUACGGCGCCACCUCUCCUCCUCCCACAGGUGGCCCGCGUCCGACUGCCAUGCACAACCGCCCUCCUCCCAGCUCAAGGCCUCCCCCAUCUCCUGCGCCAGACACUAUGGCUGACGGCGCCGAUCCGACGCUGCUGCCGCUGUUCCGAGCUGUUGAUAAAGAUGGUACUGGCCAGCUUUCUGAGCGCGAGCUCUCUACUGCCUUGGUCAACGGUGACUGGACGGCUUUCGACCCUCAGACAGUGCGCAUGAUGAUCCGCAUGUUCGACUCUGACCGCAGCGGUACCAUUGGCUUUGCCGAAUUCUGCGGGCUCUGGUCCUUCCUCGCAUCCUGGCGAACGCUCUUCGACCGCUUUGACGCCGAUCGUUCUGGCAACAUUUCGCUCCAUGAGUUCAACAACGCCUUGGUCGCCUUCCGCUACCGCCUCAGCCCCGGCUUUGUCGACCUCCUCUUCCGAACAUACGAUAAGCGCAACGAGGGCGUCAUGUCUUUUGAUCUUUUUGUUCAGGCGUGCAUCUCUCUCAAGCGCAUGACUGACGUCUUCAAGAAAUACGAUGAUGACAGGGACGGCUAUAUCACUCUCAGCUUCGAGGACUUCUUGACGGAGAUUCUAAAGCAACUCAAGUAG